UCAGUCAGUGACUGUCAUCAUGGAGGAAGAGCAGACGACUGUAGCCGAGUGAAGAGGACUGAACGCUGCACCCCGCCGCAUCCCACCGCCUGUUUCGCCUGUUGUUAUCUCAAAUCGAAAGACACCACCGAGGACACCUGAGGGGGCACAGCGACCAAGAUGAAGCAUUUUCUCAGAGUGGUGACCCAGUUUUUCGUGUUCCUCUACUGUAAAUUAUUGUGGCGGGGCCUGAAGUUUGUCGUCAGGAAGUUCACGGGACGCUGUGAGCUGCAGCGAAUCUGCUACAACAACAAACAUGGAGCCCGCAGGACCCUCAAGAUAGAGUCGUCCCUGAGGUACUCCAAGAAUGAGCUACUGCAGUCUGCCCUCAGCGUCCACCCUGAUAAAGUGGAGAAAACCAUUGACGACAUCAUGGCCUUGAAGAAGAUUAACCCUGACACCAACCCACAGUUGGGCAUCUCUCUGCAGGCCAGCCUGCUGCAGAUCGUGGGCUACAGGAGCCUGGUGAUGGAGGUGGAGAAGCUGCGCAGGGAGCCUUACGAUUGUGAAAACUCUGAGCAUGAGGACAUGCUAAUGAAGUUAUGGAAGGAGCUGCGUCCCGACAUACCUCUCACCGGCCGCAUCUCCAAACAGUGGUGUGAGAUCGGUUUCCAAGGCAGCGACCCCAAGACUGAUUUCAGAGGCAUGGGUCUACUGGGCCUGCAUAACCUACUGUAUUUUGCAGAACAUGACAAGGCUACUGCUCUGCAGAUGCUCAACGACUCCCUGCAGCCAAAGCACAAGAGCUCACACCGAAAGCCAAGUGAGAUAAACAAGCCUGAAUGGGAACAGAAGAACCUUGACAAAGCUAUCGGCUAUUCUUUCGCCAUCGUGGGCAUCAACAUAACAGACUUGGCCCACUCUCUGCUGGUGAGCGGAGCUCUGAAGACCCACCUGUACAACGUGGCCCCAGAGAUACCCAGCCUGCUGCACUUCCAGCAGACGUUCUGUUACCUGAUGCAGGAGUUUCACCGUUUCUGGAUCGAGGAGGAUCCCAGUGACAUCAUGGAGUUCAACCGGGUCCGCUCCAAGUUCCACCGGAGGAUCCUGCGACAGCUGAAGAACCCGGACAUGGCUCUGUGCCCCCACUUCUCCGCCUCCGACCUCCACCUGGUCAACCUCUAAACACCUGACCUGUGACCCCCCCCCCUCACCACCACCACCUUCAUAUCCCCCCACAGAGGUCUCCCCUGGUUGUCUGGUAACCCUUCACACUCACAUAAAUGGUUCCUCAAACUACUGGACACACCUGGGGGAGGCACUCUUCCUCCUCUGCUCAGCCCACCUCGUCCCAGCUAACGUCAUGUCGCGUCACUGCCAACAGCUCUCUACACACACAUACACACAUACAUACACACACAUACACACUGCCUCUACGCCCUCACUGCAGCGUUAGACCACCAGCAUCAGAGAUGACCAUAGCGAUUGUAGCUGUGCAUGAGGAGGCUGCACCACACCAUCACAGACUCAUUGUUAUCUGUUGCUUUAAUGAUUCAUGACGAUUGUAUCACAGCCGUUACACCUCAGUUAUGAACCUUUCUGCUUAAUAACAAACCAAAUUGCUUACUUUCUCAGCCAAAAAUCCCUCUUAGAUUGCAACUCAGCUCAGAAUAUUCUGGAAAUUAGCUGCUCGGGCUUUAAGUCGUGAGGUUAAAUGGGUCGAAAACACAAAGUUUUGUAUUCAAAUCAAAGAGCUAUAGAUAUAUAAUGUAAGUUUAAGAGAAAUAUAUCUGGCGCUGAUUCAAUCAAAAGCAAUCAAACAACAUAGAGCCAGUUCAUCUCUUAGCUUUGUCUGUAUUGGAUGAUCGCUAUAGAUUGUAUUGUACUUAUUAUGUCACCAUGACAUAAGACCUAAGACUUCUACUUCUUGCCAAAAUAUCGAAUGUGGAGAACUUAAUAAUUUACAGCAGCAGUUUGUUUCUUGUGAGCUCAACUUUAAAGUUUUGUAAACCUGCUAAAUGAUGUUCAUAAAUAUUUUAAAGAUCUUGUUAUUUAGGUGAAUUACAGAUAUUAAAUGUGUAGCUUUUGGCAGCACUGUUUGUGAUUUAGAUACAAAAAGAGCUUCUCUUCUUUUUAUUUUGUCACAUUUUUUAUUUCCUCUCACAUGUUUACAUCCAGAAAAAAUAUUUUAAAAUAAUUUAUGAACAUUUUUUUUACAGGUUUGCAGAAGCUUUUGCCUUUGAUUUGACCCCCUGCAUAUAUUGUGUUAUGAAUGUUCCUCACACGCUCACUUUCAUGAUUGUUUGAUUCUAGUUUAAUUCAUUGAAUGUGACACUGUGUCCACUGUUGUAUCAGCCAAAGCAAUAAUUUACAUUCAUUUCACUGCACAUUUCUUUAAAUGUGUUUAUUUGCACCAUGCCGUGCCUAAGUAUUUGUUUUGCUUUCUAACUCAGAGCUGGAAUGGAUGAUCACUUUAUACAGCAGCUGCUACACGUGACAUUUAAUAGAGGUGGAAUAUUACCACGUUAAUUUUGAGAUAUUAGUGUAAUUACUGUAAAUAAAUGUCCGCCGUGAUCUCAUUUGCUUUGAGUCAACUUGACACAGAUUUAUUAAUGAUUUAAAAUACUACAAGUAGCAGCUUUAAGAAGAGUUUGUUACAAAAGCAACAACCAUCAAAGAGAAUUAAGACAUUAAAUGUAGAUUUGCUCCAUAGAGAAUGAAUCAGAUGAGUGAAACAGACGAGAACUGACAGUGAAAAUGUGAUUUAAAAUGCUAAAGAUGGAGGCGUUGACCAGCCAAUCAACGCACCAGCUGCAGAGUCAAAGAGCAGGAGCUCCACACUGCACUGAAUUCUCUUUAAGAAAUAACUUUUUUAUUAACAUUAUAUUACAUGUCACUGUCAGCUCCCUACUGUCAACUGCCUGUCUUGUUUUUCCAAUUCAAUCUCUCUAUUUCACCAGUAAAACCUCACUAUGAUUAAAGAUAUUGUUCAAGAAUGAUCAAGACAACACAAUUACAACAAGAAAACAGAUAACAAAAAUUUGCUUAUGCAUUAAACUGUCAAAUAUCAUCGUAACUGAUAUAAAAACAAUUCAAAAACUAUGGUCUAUAACCGUAAGAACAAUUCAAUAUUAUCAACACACAACACUUUCCGUGUUAGCAUUCAUAAAGUGAAGGAUGUUGCAAAUAUUUUGGUAAUUUUUUUAUACUUCACAUGAAAUUUAUUCUGCUGCAGCCAUUAACUGUAUCUCUGCGCUUUAGUUACCUCUCUUGGUACAAGCUGAUCUUCAGCUGCUCAAAGCUUCCUGAACUGAAAUUUAACGUUUAUAAACUUCAUUUAUAUCACCAGUGAUGCUGAAUGUAAAAUGGAAUAUUUUAAACCAAACCCGCUGUGUGUAACACUUGCUGAACUUGAAUCUAGUGUGGAAUAGUAGAAUAAGUAGAGAAGAGUCAGUGAACUGACUCAGACAAUAUCGUCACACUGCAGUAGACGACUCCUCAUUCGUUAUCUGAGUUCCCUUAAAAACGCAGACUUCCACCGUCCAGUUCAUCAUCUGUGGAGCAUCAGUUUGAUCGUCAUCUCAGCUCUGAGUCACACUUUUAAUUUUCCACUGAAUGAUAAAUGAAUAAAAACCCAAAUCUUCACACACACCAGUGUUGCUUCUCUUGAACAUGUGACCGCUGUAUUUAAACAUUCACGAGCGUUCACAUCAUCAUCAUCAUCGUCAUCAUCUUGUGUGUGUGAUGCUGACAGCUCUGACAAAUGUCCUCAUCGGAGAAAACUGAAAACUAAAUUAUUUUACUGCCAUGCUUGCACUGUUGAUUGUGUUUCAAUAGUAUUAAAUAUCUUUGUCUCAUUGAAGUGAAUGUCGAUGCUUUUCGUCAGUAUUAUGCAGCUGUUUACUUCAGUGAAUGUCAGUGCCGGUUUCAUCUCCUGCUUGCGUUCUGUUCUUGCUUUGCUAUGGUCAGCUUUGCACUAUUGUAAAAAAAUAAAAUAAACAAUGCAGUUUCCUUUAUGAUAGUAAAUCAGUAAUUUGUGGAGUAUAAAGGGCCAAAGUGUCCCAUGAUACUGUAGAUGAAGUUAGGUACAUGCUGCUGUAUAUUCUGCUUUGAAACUGCCUAUAAGGCCGCAAUCUGCAUGAUGAUAUUUUCAUUAUCACUGCUAUGGCGUUCUGUAUUCUUCAGUAAAGCCUCAGUAAAGUACUCCUAGAUAUUGUAACUAUGUGCUUCAUUUGUCUGUGCUGUACUUUUUGAGACCACAAUAAAAACUAAAUGUCAGUAAAAAUUA